CGCUCUGGUUGUUUGAAAUUUCGCUCUUCCUCCCUCCCUCGGCGGAGCUCGGGCGGCAUUACUUCCGCCAGGGCGGUGGGCUCUCGGGCGUGCAGGCGAGGAGAGAAGCCUCUCUAGAGACGGAGCGUUUUUGCGCUCGCGGAACUGCCGAGGCGGACAGCGUGGAAAGCGCAGCGGAGCCGUGGUCGGUGCAGCGCGGCCCAGGUAGACGGAGGACAGGUGCACUGGCUACCCUUCGGCCGUAGGCGCGGGGACUGGAGCCAGCCCUGGAAGCCUCCCGUCUUUCCGCACCAUGCGCUUCCGAGCUGGGGAAGGGGCCGCAUGGGUGCUCUGAAGGCUCAGCCCCAUUCCAGUCGGCCUCCCUCCCGGGGCUCCCCGAAAGGAGAGGUGAUUCCUAAGGAGCCGGUGACUUGAGGCUGGAAAGGGGGCUCCGAGAAGUGGUUUGGGGUCUGCCCCCCCGAAGCAGAACUUGAAGGUUUAACCACUAACCCAUUUCACAGAAUAUUUUACAUAUUCGUGGAGCAAAAGAUGGGAGUUGUUUUUCUUUUAUAAAAGAUAAUAUCAUUGAUCUGAUGCAGCUCUAAAUAUUCACUUGCUGAAGAUGCAUGAACUUGGCAUUGGACUAUGGAUCAUUUCUGAAAAUUUCUGCGACUACAGUUUCUAUUUGAAAAUUCAAGUUUCAAAGGUGUUCUGUUUUAGCAUUGUGUAAUGAUGCAUUUUGUCCAAGAACUACAAAUUUUAUAGAGACCACCUUUGGAUCCCAGUUAUAUUCUUCAAUCAAAGUGAUUCAUGUCAGUCAUCCUUGGAUUAAGUUAAUUUUGAAGUUUUAUAAAGGACGCUAAAAGAUGGGAGAAAAAAAUGGUGAUGCCAGAACUUUCUGGAUGGAGCUGGAAGAUGGUGGAAAAGUGGACUUUAUAUUUGAGCAAGUGCAAAAUGUGCUGCAGUCACUGAAACAAAAAAUUAAAGAUGGGUCUGCCACAAAUAAAGAAUAUAUCCAAGCAAUGAUUCUGGUGAAUCAAGCAACUCUAAAUAAUAACUCAACAUUGAUAAAAGAUGAUACAGCUGUGACCCAGAAUGAACAGGAGAACAAAUCAAGUUCAUUGUCUUCUACAUCCUGUCAACACUCCUUUCCAGAAGACUCUACAUUGCUAUCUGCAGAAAAUAAGGAAAUUCUUCCUUUAGAAAAUAAAGGUGCAGAAGACGUGAAGGAGAAAGCGUCAUCUUGGAAUGUAUCUUACCAGAGACAUGUCUGCUCUGGGGCUUGUCUGAUCAAAAUGCCAUUCACCUCCAAGGGAGGAAACCCUCUACAGCUACCGAUUCAAUGCCACUUCCAGAGACUGCACUCUAAGACAAACUCUCAUUCCACAGCACUCCACGUGAGUUACAAAACCCCUUGUGGAAGGAUUCUGCGAAACAUGAAGGAAGUGUUCCGUUACCUGAUUGAGACAGAGUGUAACUUUUUGUUUACAGAUAACUUUUCUUUCAAUACCUAUGUUCAGUUGACUCGGAAUUAUGAAAAGCAAGAAGUUAUUUCUGAUGUUGAUAUUAGCAAUGGAGUGGAAUCAGUGCCUAUUUCCUUCUGUAAUGACAUCGACAAUAGAAAGCUGCCCCAUUUUAAGUACAGAAAAACUAUGUGGCCACGAACAUAUUACCUAAGCAGCUUUUCCGACAUGUUUACUGACUCCUGUGACUGUGCUGAGGGCUGCAUAGAUAUAGCAAAAUGUGCGUGUCUCCAACUGACAGCCAGGAAUGCUAAAUCUCGUACUUUGUCAAGUGAUCCCAUACCCACUGGCUAUAAAUAUAGAAGGCUACAGAGACAAGUACCUACGGGCAUUUAUGAAUGCAGCCUGUUGUGCAAGUGUAGUCGGCACAGGUGUCAGAAUCGAGUUGUUCAACGUGGUCCGCAAGUGAGGCUGCAGGUGUUCAAAACUGAAAAGAAGGGGUGGGGAGUACGCUGCCUGGAUGACAUUGAUCGAGGGACAUUUAUUUGCAUUUAUUCAGGAAGAUUACUAAGCAGAGCUAACACUGAGAAAUCAGGUGCUGUUGAUGAAAAUGGAAAAGAAAAGGACACGAUCCAAAAUACAUUUUCAAAAAAGAGGAAAAUGGGAAGUGCGUGUUCAGAAUGUGAGGUGGAAGUUAUCCCGUUAGAACUGGAAGCACUCCCUAGAGGGGCUGAAGCUGAGGAGUGUCCCCCCAAGUUCAGUAAUGAAUACAAAGAGCCAAUUAGGGAAAUGAAGUGUAAUAAUAGUUCACGAAUCCCAUAUCAUUCAGUCAUUAGAAGUUCAAAACAUAAGGCAUCAAUUUUUCAAUACAAUGGGAAAAAGCUGGUAAAAACGGGAUUUACUUCUUCAGAGUCUGUCACCUCAGAAGAGAAUCAUGGAUCGGAACCCAGUCUGGUACAGCCGAAUUCUCAAGCCACGGAAACCAAAGAGGACUCAACCUCUGAUCAAGUUGAAAAUUUGGAAGACAUGGUGCUGAGUGAAUCAGAUGUGAUAGAUAUAACCAAAUGUAGAGAAACCCCACCUGAGAUCAAGUUUACCCAAGCACUCCCAUUGGAUAAUCAGAGGACAAUGAAGAAGUUUGAAGUUCAGACGCCCCAAGAGGAGAAAUCUUCAGCAUCUCAAAGUCAGCAGGCCGUUUGUGGUGAAGAAUCGCCUAAUGAAAUCAAAUAUACCUCAUCUGAUGGUCCAAGGAAGUUCAAUACAGGGAAUAUAUUUUUAUUGGAUGCUACGAAAGAAGGAAAUGUGGGCCGCUUCCUGAAUCAUAGUUGUUGCCCAAAUCUCUUGGUACAGAAUGUCUUUGCAGAGUCACAUGACAGGAAUUUUCCAAUGGUAGCAUUCUUCACCAACAGGUAUGUGAAAGCAAGAACAGAGCUAACAUGGGAUUAUGGUUAUGAAGCUGGGAGUAUGCCUGAGAAAGAAAUCCUCUGCCAGUGUGGCACUAAUAAGUGUAGGAAAAAAAUAUUAUGACUACGUAGCUCAUUUCUAUUCAUGGGAAAGGAAUUUUCAUACAUUUAGCAUUUGUUUAUUCCUGCUCUAUUCAACUUUACAGAAGUAGGAUGGAAGUGUACAUUUGAAACUGUACAAUUUGUAGCUUGUAAAUUAUCUAUAUGAAGAGAAAUGUCACAAUAGAAUUCAGCUGUUUGUCAUUGUU